AUGGGGAGGGGGAAGGACUGAGACAGCCCCUUCCCAAUUAAUGCAGAAGCUUUAUUCUAUUGAGUAACCUCUCAGCCAAUGAGACUGGAGCUCUGCAGAAUACAGUGAGGUACGGGAGCCCUGGAGGGGUGGGUGGGAAAAGCAACUGCAGCAUUUUUGAGAGACUGCCCUGUCGGCUUGAAGUCUUCAGCCCUAUCGGACAGUGCACGCACAUGGGUGUAUGUGCUGAUUCUCCACACCAUCAAGCACUCAAGUUGUGAUCCAGAUACUGACAUCAGACUGCUGAGUGCCUAAAAAGCAGUCAAGAUGACUUGGAACUUCUUCAAAAAACACCCCAAACCUGAACCCAUAAUAGCUGUUACUACAGGUGGUACGGUAUCUCCUACCACCACAGUGGCACCAGCAGUCUCACUGGAAAAUGCAACGCAGAUCUCAGGCCCAGUGGAGAGCACAGAGGAUACUUUUGCAAAAUUAAAAGACAAGUUCAUGAAUGAAAUAAAAAGUAUACCCUUGCCGCCAUGGGCCCUGAUUGCCAUUGCUGUUGUUGCCGGACUGUUGCUGCUGACCUGCUGCUUUUGCAUCUGCAAGAAAUGCUGUUGCAAGAAGAAGAAGAACAAGAAGGACAAAAAGGGGAUGAAAAAUGCUAUGAACAUGAAAGAUAUGAAAGGCCAGAACAAACAGGAUGAUGAUGAUGAUGGAGAUGGUGAUGAGGAGGGAGAAGAGGAAGAGGAAAAGGAACCAGAGAAUCUGGGCAAGCUGCAGUUCUCCCUAGAUUAUGAUUUCCAGGCUAACCAGCUCACAGUAGGAAUCCUCCAAGCAGCUGAACUCCCAGCAUUGGACAUGGGGGGUACGUCUGACCCUUAUGUCAAAGUCUUCCUACUUCCAGACAAGAAGAAGAAGUUUGAGACCAAAGUGCAAAAGAAGACCCUCAAUCCAACCUACAAUGAGACCUUUGUCUUUAAGAUUCCAUACCAGGAGCUUGGUGGGAAGACCUUGGUGAUGGCCAUCUAUGACUUUGACCGAUUUUCUAAGCAUGACAUCAUUGGAGAAGUCAAGGUGCCCAUGAAUACUGUGGACUUAGGACAACCCAUUGAAGAAUGGAGGGACCUAGAGAGUGCAGAAAAAGAGGAGCCAGAGAAACUGGGAGACAUCUGUAUCUCAUUACGAUAUGUUCCCACUGCUGGGAAACUGACUGUCUGCAUACUGGAGGCCAAGAAUUUGAAAAAGAUGGAUGUUGGAGGACUUUCUGAUCCCUACGUGAAAAUUCACCUCCUGCAGAAUGGCAAAAGGCUUAAGAAGAAGAAGACUACAGUCAAGAAGAAGACCCUGAACCCUUAUUUCAAUGAAUCUUUCAGCUUUGAGAUUCCAUUUGAGCAGAUACAGAAAGUGCAAGUUGUAAUUACUGUCCUGGAUUAUGACAAGCUGGGAAAGAACGAAGCUAUUGGAAAAGUUUUUGUUGGCAACAAUGCCACAGGCACAGAGCUCAGGCACUGGUCUGACAUGCUGGCCAACCCUCGCCGCCCCAUUGCCCAGUGGCACUCCCUGAAGCCUGAAGAAGAGGUGGAUGCAGCUCUCGGAAAAACAAAUAGGCAUCUCCAUCUUCCAACAUCACCUAAUGAACAUUCAGAGUGAUCCAGAGCUAUCAAUACCUCAGUUAGGCAACAUUUGGUUUUUUGUUCUCUUUUCUAAGCUGCAAUACCCUUUCUUUGAUGGCUACAAGGGAAUCCGAAUGAACUCAAGACCAUCCAGGAGGAAGUGCUUUCAAAGCAUGGUGGUUCCUUCCUUUCACAUUCUUCCAAGUGGUUGGUUUGCUGCAUGUUCCACCAUCUCUCUGCAUUGUUCUCUUCAAGUUUAGAGCAAGCUUUUUACUUGGGUCCUCCUGAGACCACCAUGAAUAACUGCACAAAAGAGCUUUGCUUUUGCUUGUUUUGGGAGUUUGCUCCUUAAACCAGACCUUUUAUUAUUGUGCUACAGGAUGAUACCAGAGCCUGACAAUGUGAGAUGACCAGAUACACUGUGCUUGCUUUGGAAAAAAGCCAGGUGCAUGAAAAGGAGCUCCUACCAAAACUGUAUUCAGUGAGGUUUGGCCAUUAGCCAUCCAGCAGGAAAACAGAAAGCAAUACUGGCAUCAGAACAUCUCUGAAGAUGUGGGUAGCUGGUGGAUUAACUCUCUGUAAUGAGAGGACUACGGUUUGGGGCAUGCAAGUUGCCAAAUGAUAAUGGCCCUGUAAUAGCUACAGCAUGUAAUGCAGUGGGUCUUCUCUUAACCUUGGAAUUCUCUGUUCUUAAUUAGAACAACGGAGUGGUACCAGAAGAUCAUUGGAGUAUGAAAUCUACAAAUGUAUGCUUCUGUGGAAGGCAGAGGGCAAAAAUGUUCCUUUUCUUGGAAAAAAACAUCAUGGGAUAUUUAUACAAGAGGUAGCCAGGCUUCACAAGCUAUCAAUUUAUGUGAAAAUUUCACCCUUUCAAAGGUAGUCACCUUAUUAGUAGCAGUGCCAAGCUUAGAUGCAUCAGAAAAAGCUAUGUCAAGAAUCUCAGGCAGCUUUGCAAGUCUGAAAAAAAAUGAUAGGCCUGGGUUGAUUUGCAAACAUUUGCUAUCAUGCCUUAUACUGCCAUUCAUCUUUUAAAAACACAAUAGACUAAAUCUGUUCAGAGCUAGAAAUUUCUUGUUGGAAUGUUUAUUUUUAUGUAUUUGGAACUGAAAGGUGUGAAGAAAGUGCUUGAGACUGAGGACUGUGUGUUUUUCUAAUGCUGAAGAGCAGGAUCUUUUAGAUGAGUGAUUGAAUAGAAAGAGCAGGAAGGUCCAUCUAGUGGCCAGUACAGUGCAAUAAGUAUCUUAAGGAAAUGGAAGAAUUCAGAAAGAAUUAGAACCAUCAGUUGGGGGCUUUCCUCCCCUGCCCAUCAUAUUUAAUUAAGGGAGCAAAGGGUGAGAAAUUAGUGGGAAAGUGAAUCCAUUCCAACCAAAGGACCAAAGAUACAUCAAAAGCAGCAGGGCCUUCUUCUCUUGUCUGGCUGCCAAAGCAUUCAUGAUUCCUUUGCUAAUCCCAGAGGGAUAAGCCAUAUUAUCUUUGUUACCUAGUGCUUGCACUGAUCUCUGAAACACCCCCCUCCCCCUGUUUCUUACGUGGUGCCAGAUACAGUUAUCUUGAACAUCUUAGCUCCCUUUUCAGACUGAUGGCAGUGGAAGGAGGUUAAGUGGGGGCUAUGAAGAAAGAUUUUGAAAUAAAGGCGUUUAAUAUUGAAUCAGUUAGGAGUUAAUGGAAAGGGGGUGAGACUUCAAAACAGGAGUAUGGGAAAGUUUGAGAGAGUACCUCUACUAUUGGUGACCAUUUCCUUGUAUUGCUUUUGUCUGGAAUGUCACUGGGGAACACCUGAUGGUUCUCAGCCACGUGGCUCGGGGCUGAUAGGAGGAAAAGAAUGGACUCCACUCAUGAGGCUGAGUGAGCAGAGCUCAGGCUUACUGAGUUGUACCUGAUUAGGGUAGGUUAUACUUACCCUGCCAGUGGUUGUGCAUAUGUGUGUGUAAGUAUUGGUAGGAUAGGAACAGAUUUUCAAACGAGACAGCUUUUAAGAGGAGAGGGAAAGAAGAAAUUUCAGGUUCCAGUAUGAUCAGUGGUUUUUCUGGCUGUAAUUAUCCCUCUUGUGUCUGGUCCCAAAUGCUAACGUUAACCCUCUGCCAGCAUUGCCUUCAAGGACUUUAGUUGCUUGGUCUUUAUGCUAGUUGUGUUCCCUGUGAGGGAUCAGGGCCUAACAAAAAGCAGGUUUGCUCAUACACAAAGCAUUCCAUUCUGCUUCCUCACUGAGUAGCACUUUAUAUUCAAAGAACUGUUUGUUUCUCACCUAGCUUGUUAAAAUUGAAAACUUACCCAUUAACAGUGAAGUAAUCGCUAUCAUUGCUGCACCAUUUAGACUGCAAAUAAGGACCAAAGUAAUCAAAUUACUGCUUGUACCUAAAAAGUAAACAAAUCCAAGUAAGAUCCCAUGUCUGAAGGUGAAGCCAGGAGGAUUUUUGAGUGUCCUUUGUGAGACCUUUUUCUUUCAAAGGAAAAGAAUUAAUGAAUAUAUAUAUGCGCACACACAAUUUGAGUUAAGACAGUUGAUCCUAGUUCUUCAAGUGUUUUAUGUCAAUAUAUUGCAGGCACUCCUUCAUUCUUUUCUGCCCAUUUCCAUCUGAUUAACUCACUGUAGAACUAGUGAGGAGGGAGAAACAUUGCCACUUUGUUAAAUGUUUUUCAAAUAAACUGCCUUGGUAUAUCUAAGCAAAGAGAGAAGGUGAAGGCUUU